AUACGACUGAAACAACUAACAACAGACACCCCAACUAAUCGACCUGCAGAGUCUCCUCCUCAAGCAAGUAUGUCUCGCAAACUAUGCAUCACCGCCGUCGAUGGCCAUACCGGCUUUCUCAUCGCCGAGCUCAUCAUGACGGACGAUAAUUUUAAGAACGCGAUCGGCUCCGUCAUCGGCCUGACGCUGCACCCGGAAGCCCCCUCCUGCAAGGAACUCAGCAAUCUCGGCGUCAAGAUCGUCCCCCACAAGCCAGGUCGCCUGCGUGAAAUGACGAAGACACUCCAGGAGACCGGGGCCGAUGCCAUGUGUUUGAUUCCGCCCCCGCACCCGGACAAAUUCGACAUCACGUCGGAGCUGAUUGAGGCGACGAAGCAAGCCGGGGUUGCCAACGUGUGCAUGAUCAGCUCCGCCGGCUGCGAUCUCGCGGAGAGGGACAAACAGCCCAGACUGCGCGAGUUCAUUGACCUGGAAGUUUUGUUCCUCGCCGCCAAGGGUGAUCCCAAUACAUCCACCGGCCAUUCUCCGGUUGUUAUACGACCUGGUUUCUACGCUGAAAACCUGCUGUUGUAUUCUCGCCAAGCGCAGGAAGAAGGGCUUCUCCCGCUGCCUGUGGGCAAGGAUCACAAGUUUGCACCGAUCGCUCUCGGGGAUGUCGCCCAAGUGGCCGCGCAUGUUCUGACCGGGGAGGGCAAGCACGGAUUCAGUGACAAGCAUCGCGGACAAUUGAUGGUACUAACCGGACCGAUGCUUACCACUGGCGACGAGCUAGCCUCUGCAGCUAGCCAGGCACUAGGGGAGGAGCUGAAGUUUGAGAAUAUCUCAGAAGCCGAGGCCAAAAAGGUUCUGCAAGCCCAGUCGGAAAGUGAUCAGUCUGAGGUGCAGUAUCUGCUGGAGUAUUACUCCCUGGUGCGCGAGGGCAAGACCAACUACAUUUCCACCACCGCUUUCCAUGACGUCACGGGGGGUCAUCCCCAAGAACCCCCGGAUUUCUUCAAGGUCUACGCCCAGGAGUUUCACCGCAAGCGCACGAACAAGAGACGCAAGACCAGUGGAAGCAAAUGAGAUGGCUGCAAGCAGCGAAAGUCGUAGGAUACGGAGGUUAGGUGCCGCAGAAUUCUUCUCUGACGGAGAGCGGUGUAACUCGUAUUGAUGUCAUUGAUUGGGAGUCUGUCUUCGUGUUACUC